GCAGCGGGCUGGCGCGAGGCUGCAGCUGGAGCUCCGGUGCCGGGACUUGGAGUUGCCAGGAGUUUCCCCGACCCCUCCCUCCUCGCCGCGCGGCAGCAGGAGCCCGCGCGGGAGCGGCGAGCAGCGAGCAGCCAGCAGUCGAGCCGGGGCAGGCUAGUCCGUAGCCCCGGUCUCCGCGCGGGGCAGCAGCGGGGGAGCAGUGUCUCCGGUUGGGACGCGUGCCGCGCACUAGGCACCGCCCGAGCACGAGCCGGGCUGCACGAGAACUCCCUGCGUGGCCUCCUCGGUUUCUCUACAAUGAGUGCCAAAUCUGCCAUCAGCAAGGAAAUUUUCGCACCUCUCGAUGAAAGAAUGCUGGGCGCUGUCCAAGUCAAGAGGAGGACAAAGAAAAAGAUUCCUUUCCUGGCGACUGGCGGUCAAGGAGAAUACUUAACUUAUAUCUGCCUGUCAGUGACAAACAAGAAACCCACACAGGCAUCCAUCACAAAGGUCAAACAGUUUGAGGGCUCCACAUCCUUCGUCCGAAGAUCCCAGUGGAUGCUCGAGCAGCUUCGCCAGGUUAAUGGCAUCGAUCCUAACCGGGACUCUGCGGAGUUUGACUUGUUGUUUGAAAAUGCCUUUGACCAGUGGGUUGCUAGCACGGCCUCAGAAAAGUGCACCUUCUUCCAGAUCCUCCACCAUACCUGCCAGAGGUACCUCACAGACAGGAAGCCAGAGUUUAUUAACUGCCAAUCCAAAAUUAUGGGAGGAAAUAGCAUCCUCCAUUCAGCGGCUGACAGUGUGACCAGUGCAGUACAGAAGGCAAGCCAGGCCUUGAAUGAGCGUGGGGAGCGGUUAGGCCGGGCCGAGGAGAAGACAGAGGACAUGAAGAACAGUGCCCAGCAGUUUGCAGAAACCGCACACAAGCUUGCCAUGAAGCACAAGUGUUGAGAAGCUGACUCUCCUGGUGAACCUCUAGAGAAAGUGGAAGAGUUUGCUCAGCCGUGAUUCCAAGAAUUCCAGACUGCUGCUUCUUCUUUCUUUUUGUUGUUGUUGUUUUGUCUGUUUAUUUGUUUUUCCAGUAUCUGGACAUUGAGUGGUUUGGCUUUUCAUCUUCAGAUGUUAAUACGAAUGAAAAUGUGUUGCCUUCAUAUAUUUCCCUCUCUUGCUAAGAAAUGCUGCAAUAGCAUCAACUUUAUCUUUAUUUUUCCAUUUUGUGUGUGUGUGUGUGUGUGUGUGUGUGUGUGUGCGUAUUUUCCUUUUGAAGGAAAUUUUUUGUAGUUUGAAUAUAAAAUUCAGACUAAAUGAUAAACCAGGUCUAAACUAGCAAAAAAAGAGAAAAAACGUUUUUUUUUUUUUUCUUUUCACCCUUGGAAACUAAGCAAGAAAACAGUUGAAUAUGCUGGCAUCAGAUGAUGGUCCUGAGUAAAAUUAAAAGUCAAGCAGUGGAUUCACUUACAUUCCUGGUUCUCUUCAUCUGAAGAGCAAAAUUAAAAUUCAGUAUCCUGGGAUUUAAGUCUGUGCUGCAGAAAACACACUUAUCAGGAAGAGGAGCGGCAUUGGGUUUUGCUCUUUGCAUCUUAAUCUUUUUGCAUGAGCCAUCACUAGCAUUCACGAAACAAGUCGGAACCACAAAUAGAAAUCUACUUUCUGGGCUGAAGCAUAAACAUUUCUGCUCCUUCUUUUCCAGUCUGGUUAGUAGGAAUUUUCACAUGAAGGGUAAAAAUUUGGGUGUAAAGACUUUUACAAAAAACCCUCCUUUAAAAGCUCCAUGUCUUUAUGGAUGUUUCUCUCUUUUGUCAUUCUCUCAAAUUAUAGUAGCUGACUUUGGGGUGGUUAUAUUUCUAACAAGAAACAAUGUAUCUAGACUCAGUGAGGUAGCAUAGUAGAUGAGGUGUUUAUACCAUAAACCUGGUGACUAGAUGCCACAGAGUUAGCCUCUGACGUCCAUACAUGUGUCGUGAUACAGCAUAUAAAACACAUACACAAAAACAAUAAUAAUAAAUAAAUAAUUUGUCUAGAUAAAAGGCUAUGUAAAUCAUAAUGUGAAAAAAUGCUACUUUGUUUUUUUCUCCUUUUGCAAAGUUAUGUCCAAUGUUAGAGGUACUCUCACAGUAGCCUUGGGAAAGGACCCCAAAUUUCUUGGUGUCAGGGUUUUGGAGGUUUGGAUAUUGGUUUUGGUUUUGGAUUAUUUUGUGUCAUUUAACAUGUGCUUCGUGACAGACUGCAUAUGUGUCCAUUUGAUCUUGCCUGUUCUGGUACAGACAGCAUGUUUCCAAGCCUUUAUGUUGCUGUCAGAAUGAACAGAAUCUCUUCCGUACCUUUGGAUUCAAUGUUGCUCAGGAUAAUACUGCACUUAGACUGUGGACGUUCUGUUUUCUGGAGGAUUAAAAACUAAAUAUAAAGAAAAAACAAUCUGUGCUUGUUCCUCGUAAAGCAACGAGGCAAGCAACACAUGUCAGACACUCACUGCAAUGCAUGGAGUUUCCAGCUGCCUGGGUCUUAGGACCCAUUCGUUCUUUUGUAUCCACCUGUUUGUGUGUGAUGUAGCCUCUGAGGCAGCAGCAUAAGAUGACUUUAGGUUACUAAUGUGAUUUAAAUAGUGUAAGUUCUCCUAAUAAUACAUCCCAGGGAAAGAGCACAUGGUUCAAGGAAUGUCAUAGGUAUGAGGUCAGGAGGAUGGAAUUUGCAGCAAAUAAUCCUCUCGGGCAGAUAGUCCAGUUGAAGAACAUACUGGAAAAAUGUUUACUGUGGGCUAGGAAUGUUUACUAUAUCUUAUACGUUUCUUUAGGUGUCUUAACAUUUUAAAGAAGCCAGGAACAUGCAAUCCACUGACUACUGGAACUAUCUGAUUUCUAAAACGAUAAAAAUAAAAAGACCCCACAUAUCACUCCAGAUAAGUUUCAUCUGCAGACUUUAGCUUGGAAAACACACAUAGUCAACCUCCAAAACUGGAUUCUCGUUUCAGAGAGUUAGCAUACAUAGUUGAGAGAGGUGGUCUUACUUUCCCCACACCACUCAAGAACAAAAUUGGUUGUCUGCUUUGGGGCAGCUGAUUCAGAAGGGGCAGAGGGUGGGCCAUAUGUAUACUGUGAAAGCUGAAUCUUCCUCCUCAGCCUAAUUCUUAGAGUUCCUUUUUCUAAGUGUAAGUGCCCUUCCCCUGCCCUCCUCCGGUUCUUCCUGUGGAUCACAAUAGGCCCAAGUUAUCUUAGAAACAGCCUGAACUAGAAGAGAAGCUCACCGGGAGUUACGUUAGCUGCCUCUACUGAUCAGUCAGCAUCCAGACCCUCACCGUGGUCUUCACCUGCUUGUCCUCCACCAGAUGCAGGUCUGUAACAGCUCUUGCUGCCCCUCUUCAACUGUCCAUCAGCCGUCCAGCCUCAUGCGGAGAAGCCCCCAACAGCACAUGUGAAAUUCUCGCUAUCCUUUCGUAGAAGGUGCUGCAGUAGCAAAUACUAAUGCAGUCCAACCCACUGAAAUUUGUUCAAGGGACUCCUGUCAUCUGGGCCCAACCCAUUUGGUUGAGCUUGCUGGAAGAUUCACAGUGCUUAUUUGAUUUCUGCAUUUCACUGUGAAUUUUGGAAAUGAAGUCUUUCUCCAAAGGACUUUGCACAUUCACAUUGACAAUGCACAGAGAAAAGGAGCUUGCCAGUGUUUCCCCUUCGUCCUGGAGUUCUUCACUGGAGUGGUCAGAUUCCUAUGUACAGGAGCAAUGCAGUUAUUCAGGUUGAUGUUUCGUCUUAAAGAAUGUAUUUGUAAAAUGUAACAAGAUCAGUAGUUAACUUUUUUUUAAGGUCCGAUAAAAGUAAGCUUACGUGUUAGACUUAAAAUUAUAGUGACAUUUGUCUUAUCCUAUUGUGAGUAGAAAAAGGUUAUGCAUUUCUGUAGAAACAUUUACAGAGUUUCCUAAAUAAAAGAAACUAGUUGAGAUAGGUUUCACUCCUAACUUUCAGAAUUGUGAUGCUGUUAACGUGUGUUGCUCUUGGUUCCUCAGAAAUUCUCUCUGACAUUGAGCCCCCUUUGCGUUUCAUUCGGAGACAAGCAACAGCUGUUCUGUUGGUUCGCAAUUACAGCUACUCAAAUUUUGUCAUUAAAUAUUUUAACUCUGUGGUGAA